AUGAGAGUGCAAAGUAUUCUCCGGAGAGAGAGAGAGAGUUGUACAGCCAUUAUUCAGCCCUACUUAAGUAAGCUAUGUCGCAUUAUCCCUGAUACAGUUGUGUUUCUUGUUUUGCCUGAGAUGGGUAAGAUAUGGCUUAAUAAAGUAGGUUUCCUAUUGCAGAAUAAAAAUGGAAACCUUGGUAUAUUUAUAUUAGCAGUAGUUGCCCAUCCUUCAUUCACAUUCAUUCUGAAAAUGUGUGCCAUGAUUCAAAAUUAAAGUCUUUUGUGAGCCUUUUUAUCCAUUUGGUUGCAGAGGAGGUUGCACACUGUAUUCCUGCAUGAUGUGGCUACUUUUGCCUCGCUUCUGUAAUAGGCAGUCUUUGCUAGAAGCAAAAUUCUAUUUUGCAUCUGCAUUAGGUAUGACUAGGGACUUCAGGGGUGCAACAGGGACUGCCCUGAGACUGCAGAGCUUGAAGAGGAGCACAAGUUCUGGUCCUAUCUGUCAGCCAGGAGACUAAGGUCUUCAGGGUUAUCUGGGUUUCUUUGUUUUCUUUGUUUUCUUUUUUAUUUAUUUAUUAUUAAAGAUUUUCUUGUUUUACAGAAGUAAGUGUAAUUUCUCUCGUAUUUUUUCCAUGUAACAUUUUUACAAAUCCGUUUCAUUUGUUGAGACAUUAGGGAGAGGGGGAAAAAAGGGGUGGAGGGAGGGAAGAUGGGUGGGGGUGGGGUCGGAUGGCAAUGUUUCUAUUAUGCUUAAUGUAUGUAGGGUUUGGUGUCAGUGUUGCUUGUGCUGUUCACUUGUGUUCCUUUGGUGGUGAGAGAGGUUGGGGUUGGCCUAGGGUGUGGUUGUUUGUUUGUGAUUGGCUGUGGUGAUCUUUGUUUUCGUGUGUGAGUGGGGUGGGUCGGUGUUUUGGAUCAGGUUAGCCAUAUUGAUUUGUAUGCUGUUGAUGGAUUAUUGUCAUUGUCUUGUUGGGCUGUGUAUGUGAUAAAGUUUCAGUUUAUUGGUUAAUUUUUCUAGUAGGGCUGUUUCCCAUACUAUUUGGUACCAUUGGUCCAUGCUUACUCCUGACAGGUCUCUCCAGUGUCUGGUUAUGGUGUUUCUGGCUGCUGAAAGUAGGUGGGUUAUGAGUUCUUUGUGGUGUAAAUGGGCAUUGUUGUCUUGGAAGAUGAUCUGGGUUUCUCUCUCUCUCUCUCUCUCUCUCUCUCUGUCUCUGUGUGUGUACAGACACACACAAUCUGUGGUAAAUCUCCUUGGGAUCAUUCGGUCAAAAUAAAUCCUAUAAAUUUUCUAAAUAAACUUUUAGAUGAAAUGAAACUACCUGUUCACAGAGUGAAACAUGCUCAGAACAGGGACUCUUUCAAACUGCGUGCCUCAGCUACUGGAGAAACACUGAGGGAGAGCUUUUUCUAUAUGGACUGCUGAUAUCUGAAACUUAAAAAGAAACAUCAGGAAUUCAGUCCUGUUUCUCAUUUGUCCACACAGAAAAAUAUAUUUUGGAUGUCCUGCAUUCUGUUUGGAGAAAUGGUCAUUAGAUUCUUUGUUCGAACUUGUUGUCAGCAUUUCUGUUCAGAAAAGUUGGUGUGGAGGUUGCUGUGCAUUUUACCGUCUUUCCAACAGGUACUGGGCAGCUUCUUCAGCCUGGUGCCCUGCAGAUAUUUUGGACUACAACUCCCAUCAGCCCCAGCCAGCACAGCUGUCUGUAGGGCACCAGUUGGGGGAAGGCUGCUGUAGAUGCAAGAGAAGGAAGAACGUGGCAGUCCAUCCUAGAUGAAAAUCUGGUGGCUUCUGGCUGAUUUCUGCAAGUGCAUUUAUAUGAAACAGAUCUCAGGCACGUCUGCCUAUGUAAGGAAUGUUGGCUUGAAAGAGGCUAAUAAUAAGGCUGUGAUCUAGAGAGCUGCAUGGGUUAGUUUCUGCUCUGAACCUGCUGCAGUGUGUGCUGCACUGCUUGACAAACUGCUGUUGAAAUGAAGGAGUUUUAUUUGUAUGCCACCUUCCAAGAAAUUCAAGGCACCAUACAGCAUUCCCUUCCCAUUCCCCAUUUUGUCCUUGCAACAAUCCCGCAAGGUAGGUGGGUGCAAGAGGAGGAGGAGGAGGAGUUUGGAUUUGAUAUCCUGCUUUAUCACUACCCUAAGGAGUCUCAAAGUGGCUAACAAUCUCCUUUCCCUUCCUCCCCCACAACAAACACUCUGUGAGGUGAGUGGGGCUGAGAGACUUCAGAGAAGUGUGACUAGCCCAAGGUCACCCAGCAGCUGCAUGUGGAGGAGCGGAGAAGCGAACCCGGUUCCCAAGAUUACGAGACUACCGGUCUUAACCACUACAACACACUGGCUCCCAGUCAACGUCAUGGCUUGAGUGGUGAUUUAAACCUGGGUCUCAACCAGCGGUGUGGGCUGUUGCUUUUAGAGUUGAGGAAGAUACAAAGAAAAUAAGCGGAUUGUGUGAAAAACCAUGCUGCAGAGGUAUACAGGGUUCUGGGGAUUACAUCCCAAAGGGGUCCCUGUAGAAUAUGAUGGCAUCACUUAAUCAAGUUCCACAGCCUAGAAUCCCCCUGGUAGUUGAGUGGCAGGAGAGAGCCAAUCUGGUGCCACUGUCUGCUGUAAAAGAUCAUUCAGGAGACUGUUAGGUUAUCGCCUUGUAUGGUUGAACAAUUUGGUCACCUGCAUGCCUUCUCUAGGUGAUCACCAACAUUUGGACCUGAGUGGCUGAGGUGUCUGAGUUCUUCUCGUCAUCACCUCCUUCCCUCUUCAUGCGUUGCAAAAGCACCCUAAAUGCUGUGGGUGAGCGACGGAAAAAAACACAGGGUGAGGCCACCAUGGCUUGUCCUGGCCACACAACCUUUUCUGACUUUCAGUGACACUUUGGCCGCUUAAUAACCCAACAGAUGAACAAGCCUUUCACCCCCCCCUUUCCACCUUAAUAUCCUGGCUUGUUUGGAAGCUGUUAAACAAAGUUUCCCAGUUUGGGAGGGGGGAAACACUAUUUCUGGUUGAUUUGUCUCCUCCUGCACGGUGACAAGUGAAAGGGCUAGAUGUGCCGCCGCUCAUUUGUAGUUUGACUUAACCUGAGAUACGAUUGUCCAAACUUGCUCAAUCUGGAUCUUUGAAUUCAUCACAGAAUUACAUGGGUCAUAGUAGAAUAGAAUUGUGGAGUUGGAAACAGUGUUAGAAACUGAGAUAUGAAAGCUAGGAGCUAAAUGGCACCUUAAACCUAGGUUAUGGGCACAACAACAGAAUGUCUAGGCACGCUUUUUUUAUAACAAGAAUACAAAGCUGAAAAUUAAUGAACUGCAGCUAAAAUAUUAUGUUCAUUUUUCACAUGGUCUAGUCCUUCUCCUGCCCACCCCCCUAAUAUUCUUAAGAGGGUCUCAUCUCCAGUCUUCAGAGAGUAGCUGGAAGUGGGAAGGCAGAAAAAGGUCCUCCCUUCCUUCCACUCCGUAGUUUUAAUCUGAAAUCUUAGGCGCAGUACUGGGCCCAGAGUUCAGAAACUGCUCGCGUUAAUGAAAUUCCCUGUCGCAAAAUGCGCCUAGAACAGUGGGAAUUUCAAACAUUGGUUGGAAGGGAUCCUGAUGAUGCCUUUCACAUUGGUUUUGUGCCUUCUUUCAGGCAGGCUGAACUACGAGUGUGUAGGCUGUGGGAAUCAGAUGUAUCACGGGAGUGCCUCCAAGAUACCUCUGUGCAGAUGGAUCUCAAGAUAAAAAUAUCUUUCAUUCCUUUUUUCCUUGCUCCAGCCCCUCCCUCCCUCAUCAAACAUAAUAUUAGGGUGCUGACAGCAAUUGCCUGUUUUAGCAUAUUGAUUUCAAGUCCCUCAACCCAGAUUGAGAGCCUAAAAGUAUUUCAGUUGAAAAAUGUGGAAGUAUGUUAGCCUACCGUUUUUGUCCUGUCAAAGUUUGUAACGUAGCUGCUCUGCAGAAAGCAAAAUGAGUGUUUUGUUUGUUCUUGAAGGGAUCUUUCAUUGAGGCAAUCAGUAUGAUAAGCUUAGAAUGCUAUUAAAAAGUUGCUUCUCUGCUGCCCUUUUUCAGUAUGAGUAAUCUUUCCAUUUACUUUUUGUACAGGAGUGUCAGUGCCAAAGUACAUAGCAUACCCAUAUAGCAGUCUUCAUGGUCCUGACGUCUUCUGGGUGGGUUGCACAAUGAUGGGCUUUUUGUUUUUCAUUUUGAAUGUUGUUGUUUUCUUUUACCAGGCUCAACAUUACCCACUGUUGUUCUGUGUCCCUUUUAAGAAACAGCUUUGUUCCAUCACUACACUUUGCACUUAAAUUUCGUCCCAGCACUUGUUGCUGAUAUAUACAUUAAUAAUUGGGUUGUGGGAGAGGAGAAAUAACAAUGUAUUGUUAACCGCUGAUGUGAUGUUUUUACAUUCUGCUGUAGAGGAAGAUAUAGGGCCUGAAAUGUAGAGUUAUUUUGCAGGUGGGUCCUAUUCCAAAAUGUUUGAAACCCUGCCAUAUAGCAUGCAUGCAAGAGAAAUAUUUUCCUACGCAAAGGUAGCAAGUCUGUGUAGGAAAAUAGGAGUUGCUUGUAUUGGCUGCCGGCAUGCACUCAGAGGCAAGAAACAUGCCACUUGCACAUUAAAUACACUUGUAUUUUCCUGUGUGAAGAUUAUAUCUAGAGCUCCUGUAUCGAUCAGGGAGCUGAACAAGAGAUUUGACCUUUCAAACCAUAUGUUUAAAGCACCACCCCCAAAUAUGGGAACUGUAGUUUAAGGGUUUUGGGAAUUGUAGCUUUUUGAGGAAGGAAUCAGUUUCCAGGAUUCUUUGUGCUUUAAAUGCAUGGUAUGUAUGCAGCCUUAUAAAAAGCCCCCUUCCCACUCAUAUGAUUCCAUGUAUAGCAGGCAUAGGCAAACUUGGCCCCCCAGAUGUUUUGAAACUACAGUUCCCAUCAUCCCUGGCCACUGGUCCUGUUAGCUAGGGAUCAUGGGAGUUGUAAUAAUAAUAAUGAUAAUGAUAAUAAAUUUUAUUUAUACCCCGCCCUCCCCAGCCAAGACCGGGCUCAGGGCGGCUAGCACCAAAUAUUAAAACGAUUGAAAUACAGCUUAAAAACAAGAUUAAAAUACAACAUUAAAACAUUAAAAUGCAGCCUCACUUCAGCGGAACUCAAUCAAAACCGUUUUGGGGGAUAAAAACGUCAAGUCUUCACCAAGGCUAACUAUCCAGACUGGUCCUACAAAGUCCCCAAAUAGGAGUUUCAACAUCUGGAGGGCUGAGUUUGCCUAAGACUGAUGUAUAGGAUCGUAGUACUGUGUGCAGGUGUCACAGGAACAACAACAACAACAACAACAAUUUAUUCCCCGCCCAUCUGGCUGGGCCUCCCCAGCCACUCUGGGUGGCUUUCAAUAAAAUAUUAAAAUACCGUAAUGCAUCAAACAUUAAAAGCUUCCCUAAACAGGGCUGCCUUCAGAUGUCUUCUAAAAGUCUGGUAGUUGUUGUUCUCUUUGACAUCUGGUGGGAGGGCGUUCCACAGGGCGGGCGCCACUACCAAGAAGACCCUCUGCCUGGUUCCCUGUAACUUGGCUUCUUGCCGUGAGGGAACUGCCAGAAGGCCUUUGGCGCUGGACCUCAGUGUCUGGGUAGAACAAUGGGGGUGGAGACGCUCCUUCAGAUAUACUGGAAGCUACCUUAUGCCAAGUUAGACCACUUGCCCAUUUAGCUCUGCAUUGGCUACACUGACUGGUUCCAGCUCUCUGGGGUUUCAGCCAGGGGUUUCUCCCGACCUCAACUGCGAUGUCAGGCCUUGAAUGUGAAAUCUUCUGCAUGCACGAUGUGCUCUACCACUGAAUCGCAACCCUUCCUCCUAAAGUUCAGUACAAGCUUUGCUCUUUAAUUUUACCUUUUCUUCCUUUUGGCUCACCCUACUGGUCAGUCUAACCCAGUGUUGCCUGUCUCUAGGGCAGGGGCAGCUAAUCUGCAGCCCUCCAGAUGUUGCUGGGCUACAACUUGUAUCAUCCCAUGCUGACUAGGCCUGAUGGGUGAUGUGUUUCAGGCAGGAAUCUUAAAACCAUUGUUGGAUUGGCCCCAGGAGCUUAAAAACCUAAUAUGGGAGCAGAUCCUGCACCUGUAGUUUCCCUCUGGUUUCCUUUGUUUUCAAGACUGGUCUUGGGGCAAGGCAAACUAGGGGCUAGAGGUCCUGUGCAUUGAGAGAGGCCUUUGGUGUAGGAAAGGUGAAGGAGCUUGCAGCAGCUUGUACUAGUGUCUCUCUCUGCUAUGUAAUAGUUGUGGAGGCCCAUUGAGAGAAUCUGUUAGAUACCCAGUGCAGGGCAUGACUGGAGUGUGCAGCAGUAAAGUUCUAAAAGCAACUGGUGAGCUGCUUCCAACCCCCCACCCUGCCCCACUGCCAAUAAUUUUCAAUGUGAUUUGGCCGCCCAGAAAUAGUCAGCUGUGCCAAGGCAGAAGCUUGGAGGCCUCUGUUGCUUUGGCUACUGUGCUCAUAUACUUAGCCUGAAAUCCUGGCCCUAUUCCAGUCAGCAAAACUAUGGAGGAUGAGGUGAUACCAUUCUCCAUCCUGCCCCCAUUCCUGCCUUAUUGUUUGGGAUUUGUUCGAGCAUAACAUGAAAUUAGGUUGCAUUAGCCUAGCUCAGCGUCUGUAAACAAUAUUUGCUCUGUCACUUCCCUUUGUGGGCUACGCUCUUCACCAUCCUUUGCUUUCCCCUCCUCCUCCUCCAUGUAUCGCGAAUCCAGUUGAGAUGGCUCCGUUCAUUCCACCCCAGUCAUAAAAGGAAUUCAGGUUAAUGAUUUCUGAAGUAAUGAACUUUGAGGGUGGAAAUGAGGUGGAAGUGGGAACUGGAGGCUGGUACUUUGAGAUUUGGUUUGCCUUCCACAUUAGUGAUCUGGUGUGCAUGAGAUAUUCUUCUACUCUUGCAGAAACGAGGCAUUUUGAAAAGCUGUAGUAGGCUCAGAGGUUUAUUGCAGUAGGUUUCAAACUUUCUGCUUUCACGGGUUGCUGUUUCCAUUAACGUGCCUGCCACAAAACCACUGCUCAUUACAAAAGAUUCUAGCUAUACAUAGGAAUAUAGGAAGCUGCCUUAUACUGAAUCAGACCAUUGAUCCAUCCAGCUUAGUCUACAUUGAUGGGCAGCUGCUCUCCCCCUGUCCUACCCUGGGGUGCUGAGAAUUGAACUUUGAAUGUAUGUAGAGAUAGUAUGCUGAGGGUAAAAUCUCAGUGCCUAGGGCUUGCCGAUUGCAUGGUCGGCGGUUCGAAUCCCCGCGGCGGGGUGAGCUCCCGUCGUUGGGUCCCAGCUCCUGCCCACCUAGCAAUUCGAAAGCACCCUUAAGUGCAAGUAGAUAAAUAGGUACCGCUUUAUAGCGGGAAGGUAAACGGCGUUUCUGUGUGCUGUGCUGGUGCAGGCUCGCCAGAGCAGCUUCGUCACGCUGGCCACGUGACCCGGAAGUGUCUCCGGACAGCGCUGGCCCCUGGCCUCUUAAGUGAGAUGGGCGCACAACCCUAGAGUCAGACACGACUGGCCCGUACGGGCAGGGGUACCUUUAACUUUACCUUAGAGAUAGUUUCUGUAUGUAAAGUUCCGUGUUUUGGAAUGGUCUGAGUAAGUGUUCCAAGCCCUUGUACUUACUUGACAUUUGACUGCCGGGAAAGUGUUUCAUUCUCUGCUUUUCAGCAAACAUACAAUCACUGGGCUAUCUUUAGUCAGCUUGUGGCUUAACUUUACCUCAGGAGAGACAGAACAUUGCAAGUGGUUUACAUUUUCCUGUGAGGAACACACUCCUGGAAGAAAGUAACUCAUCUCUCUCAUUCAUCAUUGCAACCACUUAGCGCAAGAAAAAAAGAGCAUUGUUCAGUCAGCUGAUGUUUGCUUAAAAAAAAAAUGCUCUGGAAUGGUAGGCUACGUGGAUGUUUGGCUGAGUAAGAGUCGGAAAUGAAACUUCUGUGGCUUAAGUAUUUUGUUGACUUAUUUUCCUUCCUUUUACAGCAUCAUGUCCCACCUUCCUUCAAGUUGAGAGAGAUAGAUCGAUAGAUAAUAUGAUGCUCCUGAUAUAUAAGCAGAAAAUGUAGUUCAUGACUGACCAGGAACGAGACCUUGGCAUCAUAGUGAAUAGCUCAGUGUAGAUGUUGACCAGGAUGCUGGACUAGAUGGGCCAUUGGCCUAAUCCAGUAGGCUCCUAUUAUGUUUUUUACAUUCUUAGAGACAUAACAGUAUCCAAACCGCAAAUAAUAACAAAGAAAUGACCAGUCAAAGAAAGCGCAGAAUCAGACUCUCAUCCACAGGUCAUCUUGUUAAUUCAGAAGGCCUCCUAGGAAGGACUUAGUUAUCCAGAGCCUUUUGUUUACUUCUGCCUUUUGAACACACCUUGGGCUGUCAUUAGUGAGUUUCAAAAUUCCAAUUGUAUCAUUCACCCAUCACCAGUACUGGUUCACAGCUUACUUUCAUUAGCCACUAUGCUACUUUAAUUUAUAUGAAGAAGAAUACAAUAAAUAGGUCUCUGAAUCCUCAUGUUUUUAAUUUUAAUAUGCAGAACAUUUGUUUCCCCUGGUUUGUGUUGCUUUAAACAAAGAGAUGACAAAGGUUGAGUUGCUUGCCCUUCUGAAUUUUGCAUAUCAAAAUGUCUGAAAUGUCCUUGAGGCAAAAAAAAAAAUCUGACAAUCUACUUGCACACAUCAUACUGAGAUCCAUCUGUCUGUAAGAUGAAUGGUAUUGAAUUAUAGCUCUUUGGGCGAAAGAACUUGCUGCAUUUUAUCUAAAGAUCAAAUCCCAUGAGUCCGAUAAUGAUUUAAACCUCCUUUGUAUUGAAUAAAGCAUGUAGCUUAACAAGUAUAGAUCUGAAGCCAAAGUCUUACGGAUUCAAAAUUUAGUUUUGAACAAAACUGAAGGCCCUGCUUCCAUUUAAUCAAAGUUUUUAUAUAAAAAAGGCCCAUGCUGUAGAAAAAUGCCCCAUUUCUGGAAUAUAGCUUUGGGCUGUUGCAGACACUGCGAGAAUUCAUGUCCAUGCAGCAGAUUUAUUUAGUGUGCAACUAUUAAGUGUUUUUAUCUACUCAUUGGCAUCUUACUUGGAAUGAUGCAGGUAGUUCGUGGUGUGUACAAUUAGACAUCUAACUGCUGGUGUCUCUGAAAUGUAUAUUUUGCUCACCCCUCAUAGUGACUUGCAGUUUAUUAAAAUGCAGCUUCUAUUAAUACAGUGAAAUGGUGAAAUAGAUAACCAACAAGAGUCAGGCCAGAGGUCCUAUGCAGCCUCUAAUGGCAUUUUAUUGUGGCCUUUCGUUCCUCCUGAAGCUCUCUCAUACUUCCAUCCUGUUAGAGUUCCUUCCUUUCUGUCCCCCCCCCCUUUGUUUUUUAAAGGUUUGUUUUCCUCUUUCUACCUAGGUUCUAAACCAUUGUGAGGGGAAAGUAUUUUAUUUGAUAAAAAUAAAAAAUUUAAAAACUUCUUCUGGUUGUAUGGCUUGAUCUGAGAACAAACCAAUAAGACAGGGGUGUCCAGACUUUUUUUCAAAGAGGGCCAGAUUUGAUGAAGUGAAGGGCCGACCAAUGUUGUUGACGUUUUUUGGCUUGAAGUUGUUGACUUUUUUUUAGGAUUUUACCUCAGGAAAUAAACUGCCACAGGGGCCGGAUUAGACCCUGAAAUGGACUUUGGUCAUGCCUGCAAUAAGACAUCUACACUCUGUGUGUGUCAUGUGCAUGUAUGUCUUGCUCUCUAAAAUCAGAAAUUACUUUCACUUACUUUCCAGAACAGUAACCGGGUUGCUCUCCUGCACUAAAAAUAAAAAUUUAAACCCUCUGUAUACUUAUGUGAGAGUAAUCCUAUCAAGCACAGUUGAGAUUACUUGUGAGUUGAACUUCAUAGGAUUGAGAGUUCUGCUCUGGGGCAGCUGUGAUGAAAAUUGAAACAGGGGGUGAUCUUUAUUCCAGCUUAGUCAACCCAGAUCGGUUUUGUCUCUGACUCUGCUCACCAUUGACUCUCCUCACUACUAGCAUGCAGCUCAUGACAGAUUACUCAUGAGGGCAUGCUGGACUCAAUAGAGGAAGGAUUGCCCAUCCCUAGUUUGCAUCCUAAAACCUGUUGGGAACAUUAUCACAGCCCAACAAAGUAUUUCUUAAUAGGAAGUUCUUAACCCAGAAGCCUCCCUGGGCAAGGAAUUAUAGGAGUAGAUUUGCAGAACAGUAUCUGUGUUAAGAUAAGACAGGCAUCCACCCUCUGUACUUUGUGGAAACAAUUGAAGACAUUUUUGUUUUUGCAAGCUUUUCCAGCUGUGUGGAAAGGUCUCUGCCUUAGGUGUUUAUUUUUGUAUUGUUUUAAAACCUAUAAUUAGAUUUUUGUACUAUUAAAAAAAGUUUUUAGUGUAUGUUUGUAAAUCACCUUGAGGCUCACGUGAAAAGUGAUUCCUAAAUUAAGAUAAUAAAUACAAAUACAAGUAACAGACGGUGCCACAACUGUGCAUCUAUAAGUAUCUAUUGAAUUCUAGUACCCAAAGCAGGUACCCGGCUUAAGGUACAGUGAGAGAGCUGGAAGCAAAAGGACUAUUUUUUCAAGGAAGAGGUAGUGACUGGAAUAUUUACCCUUAACUUUGGGUUCUCGUAAUGAUGCAGCAUGGCUUUUUAUGCCCUUUGCCAGAAGUAUGCAGCUAAAACUGACUUCCCAACAGCUGUUUCGGUAGCUAAGCUGACACCUUCCCUUUUCCAUUCCAUCACAGUAGGUGGUAAAGCAGCCUUUUGCAGUAAAACCGCAUGGUCUGAAAUCUGCUGUCUGUAUAUAAGAGUUCAGUUAGUUCUCUUUAACAGCAUCCCCCUCCCCACCCUAAUCUAAUAGAUGCAUUUAGAGGCCAAACUGAAAACGACAUAGUAAGCAAACACAUCAGUUCUCACUCCCCAUUGCUUUGCCCAGGACCACAGUUGGCUUGGACAGAAAUGACUUCUUCUGUAUUUAUCUUGGGUAGUAGGGGCUUAUAAAUGGGAGGGAAUUCUUGGCAGGAAGUACAGCCCUAUCCCCCAGCCCACCCGUAACAGGGCUGUGUAUUGUUGUCUGCUUAUUCCCCCUCUCUGGAAAAUGAUGUCACUGAUGCCCUGAUCAGCCCUUUAUGGCUAUUGUCCAAGGGUCAUUAAGGAGGCAGGGCACACUGUUUGUUUGCAUUCUCCGGCUACCUCUUUUGAGUUGAGAGUGGUGAGCUUUGACUCUUCUUAACUUAGGCAGAGAUAAGACUACUACUUUCCAACUCUAACUUGCUAGACAUCAAAGGCCCAUUAUUUAGAAUCGAGAUUAUUAUUAAUUUCAUUUCUAUACUUCUUUAUCUUCAUGCUUUGAUUAGUUGCUUUCCGUCUUACCAAAGAAUAGAGAUUGGAGGGAGCGUUUUAGUUGAUAUCUCAUUUAGAGACGUGCUUAAUUUGCACUUCCUAAAUCAAUAUGUGAGCUGAAAUGCGACCGUUGGCAUCUAUUUGUCUCGGGAGACAAUGGAGGAAUGCACUUUUGCGGGCUAACACUACUGUGACUAUGAGAUGGAUGCAGGAGAGACAUGUUUUGUCGCAGCUGGGGCUGAUGAAAUUUUCGCAUGUCUGAAUUUUGCAAUGCCAUUCUUCAGCCAUGUGUACAAACGUGAACUUAACUAGAGUAAAAUCAUCUUCAAAUGGCAUACAUUGGUGAAAGUAACAUUAGGGGAAAUGUCUUGUGAAAAAUGUAUAUAAGGCAAAAAAUGUGUUCAAAUAUGUAUAUUAGAAGAAAUUGACACUAAAAAUGUCCAUGAGGACUUAAGAAGAAAAUCACAGGCUGAUGUGGAAAAGCAAACAUAAUAUUGGAAGAAAGGGAAAUGGAGAUGAAUCAAAAUGGACAGAUUCACCCAUAAUUAGGAUAGUCAGUGGAUUAAUUCUUGCAGCCCUUUAAGAACUAAGUACAUGAAACUCUUAACUCUUGCGGAAACUCCAGUUUACUGUGAGCUGUACAGUGGUACCUCGGGAUGCGAACGGGAUCCGUUCCGGAGUCAUGUUCGCAUCCUGAAUAGAACGUAAGGCGCGAUGGCGUGUCUGUGCAUGCGUGGGUCGUGUUUUGCCGCUUCCGCGCAUGCGUGUGACGGCAUUUUGACCAUCUGCUCAUGCGCGAGCGGCGAAACCCGGAAGUAACGCGCUCCGUUACUUCCGGGUUGCCAUGGAGCGCAACCCGAAAGCGCUCAACCUGAAGCACAUUCAACCCAAGGUAUGACUGUAUUCGUCAUUUGGGUAAUUCUCUUUGACCCUUUUUGAUUGUUCCAUCAUUUUGAGAAGCUUGGGGUGGCAGCAGGACAACACAUUACCUGUAUCAGCCCCUAAGUUUUGGAACUCCUUCCUCACAGAGGCGUGUCUGGCAGCAUCUUCGUUCUACAUCUUUGCGGGACUGCUGAAGACACACACACCUCCUUUGAUGCCUGAGAUGUAUAUUUUUUGGACAUGCCUUAUUUCUGCGAUGGUAAGCUGUUUUAAUAGUUGCAACUCAAUUCUAAUAAUAGCCAAGGCAGGAGGAAGGGUCGAAAAAGGUUUGUGUGAUUCCUUCUGUUCCCCUGUGGGUCCCUGUUCUGAGAGAAUAGAAGUUGUCACAAGAAUUCCCCACCCAGAAGUCUCAGUUACACUGGCAAAACAGCGAUUGAGCUCAGGGGACCUGAGUCCAAGACUCCUGCUAAGAUUUCAGCCCCACCCAGGUCUGCUUUUAGAUUAUUAUUUUUUUAAUUUACAGCAUUUGGCAAGUGUAACAAAGUGGGUGUAUCUGUUUAGUAAACUUGUAAACAUAAAUAUAUAAUUUAUAUAAAUAUAAAUCUGGCUAAAUUAAGCUAAUUCAGAGAUCAAGCAUACUGUGUGUUGCUUUUAAAAGACAGAACAACCAUAUAAACUAGUAGGGAAGUAAGUGCCCUGAAUAUUCAAUAUCAACAUCAGGUUCCUUUUUUUUUCAUUUUCAAGUACUGUUUGUACUUAUCACUAAAUAGAACUUCACAUGGGGGCUGGUAUGUUUUGCCUUGUAGGGCCAAGGGGGGGCAAUUUUAAUCAGAGAAAAGGUCAAAGGUCCCAAACCAAAUCUCCACUUCCUGAGACUGCUAUUAAUAAUUGAAAAAGAAUUAAUCAUGCCUUUAAAUCUUCAUGAAACAGGUAGCUGGUCUGCUUUCCAUUAAUUUGUGCUAUUUACAGCAAUUGGAAUGCAGAACUGCGGUUAGUGGGACUUUUGUAUAAAGUUGCAUUAUAAUUUAACAGACGUUACCCUUAUAUUUUACUAUAUUUCCCCCCUGAGAGGCCUUGUCUUACUACCCGUGACUGGUAUGUAUAAAUACAUUUAUAGUAUAUCUUCAUUGUCCAUUUCUAGUCUAUGAACCUUCAGUUUAUGGUGUGUAUGUGCGCUUGUUUGUGAGCAGCCCUGCUCAUCCUACCUUUUCCUAUUUAAGUUAAAAGCUUCCAAAAUUGGCACAAACUCUGGAUACAUGCCAGGGUUUUCCUCUUGUCGCUUCAAGAUUUCCUCAUGCAAAAGAAAUGAUGCAUGACCUAAAUAUUUCCUUUGUUUUAUUCAGUAAUCUGACAUUGCAUAUCUUUUAGAGCAGGCUUCAAUUAUGCUUGGUUGGUCUGGACGAGGGAGGGAGCUUGCUAACUCCCUCAUCGGAAGCUGAAAAGAAAACAGGAGCUGGCUGUAGAAACUCAGAGCAGAUUAGAUGUAAAUUGCCAAGUGCAAUUGAAAAUCUCUGCAUUUAGGAAAGAAGACCUGCUUUUAAGUUGGCCAUGUUCACAAAACUUUUUGCUGGGUUCUUCUUUGCCUGUUUUUCCUCCCUCCUUUUGGACUUGACAUUACUGCUCCCAUGUGAAGACUUCUAAAAACUUAUUCCACGUGGUGGCCACUUCAUGCUGAUGUGUAGGAUGGGUACAUGAAAUCAGCUCUCCACAUGGAUAUUCCUUGUGUCCAAGCUUGGCGGUCCUUUCAGUAGAAAAGAUCUUUAAGCAAUAUAUUGUGCUUUGGUUCUAAUCAGUGACCUUUUUUUUUUUAACCAAUACCUUAUCAGCGGUGACUCUAUCCAGUCUAGAUCUGUUAAUAUGAAGACAUCAUACAAACAAAUGUUCUUUAACACUUGCUUACUGUAGUAGUCAAUCAAGGCACAAUUUAUUGCUUAAUUUUCUUGGAAGGUCCACUGUGGGAAAGGUAUGACAUUUGAUUAUAAAGUGGCCUGGUGACAAGUUCUGCAUUAACACUUUCUCCAGAUUUUGAGGGGCAACUAAUUGAGCAACUUUGGAGACAGGCAGCACUUCAGUUACUGAUCUAUGUAGUUGUUUCUGAUUCUGUAGGUUUGAUCAGAGGAUGCUUACAAUCACCAUGCCAUUCUUUUAUUUGGGAACUUGUCCUCUUCCUAUAAUUGUUUUUUAAAACCCAAGUUCCUCCAUUUUUGCAUUAGUUGAUUUAGGCACCAGCAUAACCAUGUGGACAUCAACAUCACUGCAGCAGACUUUUUGGCAUGCGUACUGGCAUCAUAAUUCCACUACAUUUCCACUAUAGUUUUCUGCACAAGACUAGUAAAGAUGUAAUGGAACUGCAAGCAUGCUAUCUAUGUAUGGUGAUGCCUGGUCUUUCAAGGGGAGUGUUUGUUCUGUUUACCUUUAUUUGCAAAAGCCCUUGGCUCCCUGGCAUGCUUCAUAAAUUACUUUUAAAUCUUAUUUUUCUCUACUAUUCUGAUUGAUUUGUUGUCCUGUUUUAAAACUUUAUGUAGACCUUUGACUGUAAAGCUGCUUGCUACUAUGCAGGAUGUACAGAUCAUUUGAAAGAAGAAUAUGGGAUGUUCUUUGAAAAAUAAAGAUGAUUGUACUUUAGCUUUUAAAAGUUGCUACUGUUGCAUGAUUACAUUGUGUGGUUCAGGCUCUGCUUUUGCAGAACAAACCUAAUUUCUGAGGCACUAAUUCAUAUCCAGUCUUGAUCGAUGAUCACUGAAAGAAACCAUUGGCUGCUGCUGAUAAAGUUGCAAAACUAGAAAAACACGAAAUGCUCUCUGAACAUGUAUAAUUUGUAAUUUACUACUAUCUGUGUUUGUAUGAAUGUUUCCUCCUUUCUUAUUUGUUUGUUUCAUAAAACGUUCAUAGUGCUUGAUAGUUGUUGGUUGUUUGGGGUUUGUUUUUUAAAAAAAAUAAAAAACACCUCAAAGUAGUUUACAAAACAAAGUUCUGUUCCUAAGUGCUUCAGGUUGGGUUCCUGUGGUCUUGGUUAUUUCCCCUGAGGAUUUCAGUUCAGUUUUUGUAACAAAUGUACCUCAAAAUACUCCCUUUAUAAACCUCCAUUUAUAACCAACUGAACCUAUUUAUAAUUGUUUUACAGAUUGGUGUAAGCAUUUCCACAUGUUCCAGCAGCUGCCCACCAUGCUUCCUCCCCAAGAUUUGUUUAUUUGUGUAGAAAAAGGCUAUACUACUCUUCUGUAAAAAUUCCCAUGGUGGCACACAUUAAAAUAAUAAAAACAGUAAAUACAUAUGCCAUGCUACAGGAAUCAAAUGGCACAAGAAGCAAUUAAGAUAUAGUUGCAAAUAAAUUCACAACUUACGUUUCAUGCUGAGAUGCUCUGGUAGGCUUUCUGGGUGAUGGCGGUACCAAGUAACAUCAAGAUGAAUUUUUAGGGGGAACGUCUUUCUUAAUUCCCCAAAUGCCCAUGAUAUAGCAUCACUCCAGGGUUAAACAUGGCACCUCCCCCAGGCCCAGAAGGGUACUCAUUACAUUGGAGCACCUGGUUUUUUAAUUUUUGAUUUUUAAUUAAAAAGGGGAGCUUAGGGCAUGCAGGUCGGUAAUGACAGCAACAACAACUUAUUUAUUAUUUGUACCCCGCCCAUCUGGCUGGGUUUCCCCAGCCACUCUGGGCAGCUUCCAACAAAACACUAAAAUACAAUAACCUAUUAAACAUUAAAAGCUCCCCUAAACAGGGCUGCCUUCAGAUGUCUUCUAAAAGUUUGGUAGUUGUUUUUCUCUUUGACAUCUGGUGGGAGGGCGUUCCACAGGGUGGGUGCCACUACUGAGAAGGCCCUCUGCCUGGUACAUUAAAAUGUCAUACAUUAAAAACUUCUCUAAACAGGGCUGCCUUCAGAUGUCUUCUGAAUGUUAGGUAGUUGUUUAUCUCUUUGACAUCUGGUGGGAGGACAUUCCAUAGAGUGGGCGCCACUACUGAGAAGGCCCUCUGCCUGGUUCCCUGUAACCUCACUUCUUGUAGUGAGGGAACCGCCAGAAGGCCCUUGGCGCUGGUCCUCAGUGUCUGGGCUGAACGAUGGGGGUGGAGAUGCUCCUUCAAGUAUACUGGGCCCAAGACCUUUUAGGGCUUUAAAGGUCAGCACCAACACUUUGAAUUGUGCUCGAAAACAUACUGGGAGCCAAUGUAGGUCUUGCAGGAGCGGUGUUAUGUGGUCUCGGCGGCUGCUCCCAGUCACCAGUGUUAGUGGUAGGCUGUGCAGGGGCCUUGAGGGUAUCUGGUGCUGAUGCCAGACCUGCUAAAGCAUAUGUGGAAGCUGACCAGGGACUGAUUGAGAUACUUCAGUAACCUAGUGUCAGUGUUGGUGACGGAGGCAAAUGAAACUUGAUCUACUCACCUGUUCCCAUUUGUAUCAAUUUUCUUUGCGCAGCAGGUUGCUAUAUGGCCUGGUAUUUAUUGGUGUAGCAGUUAAGGGGUUUACAAUUUUGCAGUAAGUGCAGUAACUUUAGAAAGUCUUUGCAACAGAUCAGUUCAAUGGAAGAACAUUGUAAGGAGGUGGAGAAAGGGAGUUGUUUACAGCUGCUUACUUCUUAUCAACCAAAAAGCACCAUAGAUGUUUAUACUUUCCAGAAGGGAAGCUGCAUUAGUCUGUUUCUGCUGCUGCUGCUGCUUAGAUUUUUUAAAAGUGUGUUCUUGCUUGGAUUUUCAUUUUAGUACAGGCAGUUCCCUUUCUCAGUGAAAUAGUUUCAUUGGCAUACACAUAACUUGAAUAAAGAGAUUAAUACAAACUUCUGCACAAUUACUUUUUGUGUUCCUUUACUGUCCAGAAUUCCCCAAAUCAGUAUUUUGUUAUUAAGUCCCAACGGGCGUUCCCUGACAAGUCCAUCUUAAUGUGUUUUUAGAAAUUCUCUUCUCAUUCGAAAUGAGGAGGGGUGUGUUGAAAACUUUUAAUAACUAGAAGUUUGUCUCCUUGUAGGUAUGUGUAGCAUAACUAGUUUAUUAAUAGAGUUCUUUACAGCUCCCUGGUAGGAAAUGGGGAAAGGCAGAGUCUAGAGGCUAAAUUGUGCUUAAAUGGACAAUGCAUGGUCCAUUCUCAGAGAUUUUACUGUUCAUUCAUUUCAUUGCAAGUGAUCAAUACAGCAGGCCUGAUUCCCGAGAGGGCAUUUGCUCAGGCUGAAAAACAGAGGUGAACUUCAAAUGGUGCUAAAGAGUUGUCAGUUUCUGGUUAUGGCUAAUGUUUUCAAGUUUGCUAUUGUUGGCAUCCACCUGACUCGAGAGGCAAUGGAGUGCACCUCCAAGGGUGAAGUCAAACUGCUGCAUUAGCAGCACUAAAGUGGGGCACAAGCCCCGGGGAGUGUGUGUUGGGGUCCUGGACUGCCCAGACAAUGACCCCACUUUCGGCCUUGCUGAUGUGAUCCAAAGGAAAGCAGAGCAAUAUGAUUGACACCAGCUUGCUUUCAGGUGAUCUUUUAAUAUUUGUUGGUAUAAGAUCAGUAACAUCUAUAUGCUUCAAUUCUGUUUCUGUUGUAAUCAACUCUGUUUCUAUUGUUAUUAAAAGGCACAUUACAUAGAUUGCUUUUACUUGUCUUUUUAAAAAGGGAAUGGCACCUCCUCCCUAUUUGAUUACUUGUGAAGAUCAGUUGUAAAGAUGAUGGGAGCAAGUGCUUGAAACAAUGGAACAAAAUAUACCCAGCCUUUAUUGGUCUUGUAAUGUUCCUAUUUUUAAAGCACUCACAAUCUAUUAGGUACAGAAAUAAAUUAGAGUGCUUCUGCAAAUAAAUAAAACAAGACUUGCCUCUUUGACUUUGGAUCUGAAACUUGGUGCUUCCCUUUUGCCAAACCCCCCCCCCCUCCGGCCCCUGCCGUCGCACAUUAACCAAGACCCCAAGAGCAGCUGAGGUGUUACUGCCCCUUUGUGCUCCACCACUUUGCACGGAUCAGCCAAGGUGGUAAGAAAUAACAUGAUGGAAUUCAUCAUUUGCAUGCCCCCCACACUUAAUGGGGCGAAAGGGGUCUUGCCAUGAGUGCAUUGCCAAAGAACUGACAUUAGGUAGUGGCUCCAUGAACGACUUGCAGCCUAGUAUACAUUUGGGAGAGAGGAAUUGCCUAUUUUCUUGAAUCCCUCCUUUCUUUUUGUUCAGGCCUCUACAUAAUCAGUCAUCAGCCGUACAACAUGCAGGGAACUCGGUGUACAGAUGAAACAUUUCGCUUCUGUGUUAUACUGCACACAGCAUAACAAACCUUUGCCCUUGGGUAUGUUUCGCACUAACAAGUAGGGAAUUACACUACAGCACAAUCUGGUUUUGAACUAUUUAAAGCACUGAAGUGUUUUGUUUUGUUUUUCUUGAUUGCUGAAUUACUGUUUGCUCUGGUUCUUCUACCAGGAACUGCUUUCUAAAUUAUGGGUGGACUCCCUGUUAUGGCUGCUGAUUCUUUCGCUGUUGUGGCUAGUAACAACCCCUUCAGUCUAAUGGUCUGGAAGGUUACUUGAGUGCAGCAAGUCACAUCUCUUACACAGACUCAUUCCAUGCUUAAUUUCUCAUUCUUAGUGAUAGCCUGUGCUUGGUGAUAGGGUGUGUUUUGCAUUCCUGGCAUGACUAGGUAAAACAGGGCUUGGGAACCUGUGGCCCUGUUGUUGGACUCCCAACGAGGGCCUCAAGGUUUCCCACCCUUGAGUUAAAAAGAUCAGGCAGCAGAUGAUGGGGAAGAUUAGGAAAACGUUAGGAAGAAAUUUUCAAUGGCAAGAGCUUUUCGACAGUGGAGCAGUCCACCUCGGAAGGCAGUGUGGACUCUUCUUCAUUGGUGGUUUUCAGACAGAGGUUGGAUGGUCAUCUGUUAAGGAUGCUCUGUGAUUUCUGCAUCACAGGGACCUGGACUAGACAAUCCUUUGGUUCCUUUUCAAAUCUACAAUACUGAUUCUAUGACUUCUUGAGAGAAAAAGGAGCUUCUUGUGUUCCAUAUCGUGUGUGUUUGUGUGUUGCACUUUGGAAGGGAGGCAUGUAGAAAAACAUGAAACUUGCCAUAAAAUGGGGAAGGCCUCAUGCUGUCUGGACAUACAUUCUAGGCCCUGGACUGCUUCAGUGGAGAUAUAACAGAGCAGAACUUGUAGCAUAAGGGGUCCUCUUGGUUCCUGCUAGUAAUAUUUAUUUAUAUAUUUACUUUAUUUACUUUAUUACAUUUCUACAGUUCUCUUCAUCCAAGGAUCACAGAAAUGCUUAUAGUACAAAAACACAAAAAUGCAUAACAUAGUAACAAACAACACACACAUACACAAUCCAGUUUAGAAGGGCAUACUGUCUUUGCCUGGCACCUAAAAAUAUGUAACAAAAGUGCCAGGCGAGUUUCCUUGAGGAGAGCACUUGACAAGCAGGAAGUUGCCACAAAGAAGGCCCACACUUGUGUUGCUAUGCUCUGGACCUCUCAUGGAGGUUGCCUUUAUGUUUUGCUGCCGCUGCCCAAGCAACUCUGCUCAAAAGCAGAGUUUCCUGAUUUGUGAUCAUUUGAACCCACAUUAUACCAAAACAGACUACUGGCCUAUCUGACUUAAUUUUUUCUGCUCUAAUUAGCAACAGCUUGUCAUGGUCUCAGGAAGAGUUUUUUCCCAUAUACUUGAGAUCCUUUAGUUGGAAUUGCCAGGACUGAACCUGGAAUCUCUUGUAUGCAAAACAGUAACUCUCUUACGGUGCUGUGGGUUUUCCUCGGCUUGAGUAGGGUUGUUUGCAAUGUAGACAGCCACAAAAGACCUCUGUAUAGAAGGGAGUUCCAAAGAGCGGAAAAGAACGAAAGUCUCCUUUGUCUUCUGUGUCUUCUUCCAUGUAUUUUUACACACAAAUGGUUAGUAGUACAUAUUUCAGCUUUACAGCAUGUUUACAUUUUUUAAAGGAAUGACAGUGUUCUAAGUUUGUUUGUUUACUGGUACCUGUCUUUCCUUGAUACCCAAGAGCUAUAGCGUAUAAGCUUGUUAAUAGUCUUGAAUUGCUUUUUCACGAACCUGCCGACUCAAAUCUUUUUAGAGUUCACUGUAGCCGGUUGCUUUUUCUUCUUAGUCUUCCAUGGGCAUUUGGGCAGGCAGGUUAGUCACUUGAAAAAUGUGACAUGAACCAGUCUCUAACAGAUGUCACCCUAAGCUUAAAGAACUAGCCGGCACACUGAAGCACAGGCAUCUUGAGCCAAAUGCGGUGCUGAUUAGACAACAGAGUAAUCCCCUACAAAAUGAUUGCACAGCCAGCAAAUAAAAUCUUGUGGUUUUACAUCCACUUUUCUUCUUAAACUGCUCUUAAUCACAUCUUUUGAAUUUGUGGCCCUGGAAGCGUGUAUAUCUGCUACGUUCAAUCCCUUACGCUGGCUUUGCCUAUGUGGACCAGAUAUUAUUCAGCUUCUCCAGGCGCUGUCAUGUUGGAGCGCUAGUCCUGAUUCCUUACGCUGAACUUCGCUUACCUCUGAUGUAAUAUGCCUCUUUUAGGAUGUGUUUGACUUCCCAAUAUUUAAUCCAGAGGACUUAAGACCAGCCCUCAGAUUUUCCUAUUUGCACUAACUACCAAAGCAUGUUGGCGUGGCAUGCUGCCAGUUCAUGCCGGCCUUUUGCUGCUCCAACUGACGCGUUGCUGAGCUGUGGCCCAACCUGGAGACAGGCUAGCGGUGAGUGUUAAUGAAUUGCAUUCGCUUUUUCUUUUUUUACUUUCAAGAAGGAACUAAAGAUAGGGGGGUACAUGGUGUAAGCUGGAAGCUGCCUCUCUGUGCUACAUACUUUGUUCUAGCUGCCGUGAGGCAUUUUGAGAGGUGGAGGGGUUUGUGUUUUGUCCAUGUCAAUUCAUGGAUCAUCAGCUCGUCUGCAAGAACGACUGGUACUUUUGGCAUAAUGCAGCUGUGGAAGCUUAUUUACUUUGGCUUUGAAAAUGGUUUGGCGCAGCCUUCCUUAUGUGAAACCUGCUUUGCUCAGAACAGAAUCCAGUACAGCAGUUUGCUUUCAUUUCCCCCUCACCAUUUACUUUUUAGCAAUUCCUAACUCUCGUGGUUAUCAAGAAAUGUUUAAAAUGUGCUGGGAAUGUGUAUAAAGGGGAGGCUUUGGGAUAAGGGUUGUUUGCCCAAGAAUUCUGCUUUGUCUCCCUAGGAUUCCUCAGUUAUCCUUGCUCUGUUUUAAACGGACUUCUUAUCUCCUUCCAUCAACUCAUGCAGUUUCUCUCCAUUGUCAAUUUCACGUAAAGGUGCUAAAUAUUGCAACUUGAACAGAGUACGUUCGUUUUAAGGCAGGGCUGAGGAACCAGAUGCCCUCCAGGUAUCAGCUCUCAAGGUAUUGUUGGGCUCCCAACUCCCAUCAGCCCCAGCCAACAUGUCUAACGUCAGAGGCCAUGGAAGUUGUAGUUCAGCUACACCUGCAGGACCACAGUUGCCUACCCCUAGUUUAAGCCAAAUUAACUGGUAUUUCCCUUGGUAUAGAGCUAGGUUUUGUAUUCUGAAAGCACAUGGAUCUUAAAAGGGCAUUUUGAAGCUCCACUAAAGAGAAGAUUCAUGGCGUGGCAGUGUAAGUCUGACAGGCCCAUGGUGCCCUCCCUCCUCCAUCUUAGCCCUCCAAAGCUCAAGGCAAGUGUACCCAGCUGCGCCCCACAUCCUCUGCACAGGCCUGAAGAGGGACAAGGGUGAUUGGUCAUCUGGAAACUGAACUGGGCAGCAACCAGAGGGAAGUUCCAAAGCUCUAUCAUAUUUUACAUUGGAUUCUUACUAGGAAGCAGAUGUUGUUUUAAAACUCUUAGUCCACAGCACUCAGAUCACUUCCACCAAUUCCUUUCACAGCCUCUGGAGCAACCUUCUUCAGCUUUGAGUCCCCAGAUGUCGUUCGACUACAACUCCCAUCAUACCUGACCACUGGGGCCGCUAGCUAGGGUGAUGGGAGAUGUAGUCCAACAUUUGGGUUGAGAAAGGCUGCUGUGGAGUGUGGCAGAACCUUGAGCACAUGACUGCUGAUGCCUCUGGAAGUGGUGAGUGAGGCAUUCCUUGAGAGGCUACAUUGCCUUGGAGGACACCAUCAAUCGCAUCCACAUGCCACCAAUGUCACUGCAUUUUGAUAAAACAGAUUUCUUAGGAGGACUUUACUUGAUCCAUGUACUGAACUUGGUAUCCUCUUUGUCUUGAGACAUUUCCACAUACUUGGUGUCUUCAGGCAAAUUGCUUUACUAAAUGCUAGUUCCAGCCUCAAGUGGGAGUCAGGUGUCCAACCAGAGAGGGGAGCGUGCUGCCCAGUUGCUAUUUUUAAGUGCUUGAACAGUGCACAAACACUGUUCACUUGAAAGAUGGAAGCUCACCCCUGAAGGCAGAAGCUCCGGUUCUAAUCAGCUGUUAGUGCUGCAGAAUCCAGGUCAUUGGUCCUGUAGAGAGCUGCUUGCUUGAGACUCUUUGCCCAGGAAACAGAAAUUGCUCAGUCCCUGCCAUCCUUCAUGGGAAAGCAAUUUGUUUAGCUUAGCUGUGCUAACAAAAGUUUUAUAAUCUCCUUCUGAAUGGGGAAUGUUGGUACAGCAUCCACCUAACAGGAGCAGGCUUUGUUUUCUGGAGCUGGUGGUUUCUCCCAUCACUAAGGAGAUACGGUAAGGUGUGGUUGGUUAGGGUGUGAAGCUUCUAAUGGGACAGUGUGGGAAGUCUAGCUAAUUUGUUUCUAAUUGCUUUGCUGCAUCUUCUGGUUUAAAUUAUGUGGUAUGGCAUGUUAGUUUUCGAAGAGUAAUGGAAACUGGGAUCGGUUGAAGUUUAGAGAACUGGUCUGGUGUAGCUUGUAUUUAGGAAUUCAAAACUGGAGUGAAAGGGUGUUAUUUCUUCACAGAGUAUGGAAAUGAACAAACAAAAAAACCACAGUGCCUUCAGGAUCCAUUUUCCAAGAUCACUUAAUGUAGGUUGCAGUAUGAAUUCUAAUCCAUAAGAAGUUCUUUUUUUAAAAAAAAUAAGGAAUGAAGAAAUGGUAGUUUUCCAGAUCAGUGCAGAAUGCAAGGGUGUGAUCCUUGUUGCAUGUGCAGCUGGGGAUGCACAUUUUGGCAGAUGUGCUGUACUUGUUUUCCAUAGAUCUUGCCUCUCCGUAAUUAGACUAAUCAGCUGGCUUCAGGCAAAUCGGUAUCUGUUGACCUCAGCCCCCACCAGUUGCAGUAUUGGAUUAAAACAGACCAGUUGGACAGGGUUGUUGCUUUUGUUGUUAGGAUUAAAUAUAUGCUCUGAGCACUCUGAAAUGUUCUCUGUAUGCCAUCUUCAGUGAAUGUAGCCACCCCAUUUCAAUCAUGCAGUUCUAGAUCCCUUGACAACGCAAGAACCAGCCAUGUCCUGUCCUUAGAACCUUUCUGCCCAAAUUAAAAGAUGUGCCCUAAUUUCUGACCUGUUAGUUAUGAGCACAGUUGUCUAGUUCACAGUGUGCUGGAUGCAGCUGGGCUGUCUUCAUCCUUCAUACUCUGAUGUUGCUGUUAUGCUGGCAAAAUCAACAACUUGCAGAUUUGGGUAUGUAUGUGCUGCCGCCCUCUACUGGAUGGAAUCACAUUCAUUAAAGCAUUUUGUGCCUUCCUUUCAACUCUUGACAUAUACGGUAUAUAAUUUUUUUAAGUAGCAUCCAGGAGUUACACUAGAAUAAUGUAUCUUUGAGGAGUGGGCAUAAAGAAGCGACAGAAUAACUUGUUGCAAGAGCAAAAGGUUGUAAUACAUAGGCAAUAUAAGAAAAUGUCAGAAUCAGUCCAAGGUGACAGCAGAAAAGUUAGGCUUCUUGUGGAUGUAGUAGAAAAGUUCUCAGACAAGAACACCAGACCCUUGUUUCCUAAUUUUCAUCCCCAUUAGAACAUGAUUCCUGUCUAGCUUGGGUGUCGUCAUGCUAUUUCUUCUAAAAAGCUCCAUUGUUUGGCUUAUGUUGCUCUGCAUUUCUGCAGUGGGUAAGCUGUGUGAUAACCAGGUUUAUGGGCAAAGAUAAGAAAAGUGGCUUUUGGAAGCUGGUUAUGUGAGCUUGCAACAUUUGACUGUAAUGCUGAUUUGCAGUGGAACUGAAUUCAACAGUUAUUUCUGCUUUGGGAAUUCAGAGAGGUGGUUCUUGGGGAAGGGCCAUAACUCAGUGGUAGAACUCAUUCAUGUUUUGCAUUCAGAAGAUCCUGGGUUUGGUUCCCAUGUCUUAUGUCUGGGAUUUUUUUAUUAUUAUUAUUAUUAUUUUGCCAAUAAUCAGAUCUCUCUGAGAUUGAAAGGAAAUGAAACAGUCUAUUUACAGGAUGGGGAUUUGUUGAAUGAGCACUUGCCUGCAGUACUGUAUAUCAGAAAAACACAUUUAAAUGGCAUACAUUUCACUGUGUUUACAUCUGUUGCUGCUCUGCCCCAUGCCAAAAUACAGCGGGGAAAUGUACAAAGUUCAAAAUACGUAGAACAAUAUCAUCCGUCGUGUUCAGACAACGCCUUUGAUCCAGAUGAGGAUGACUUCAGCCUUGUCUGGACCACGUCAUAUUAUAGUUAGUGGUCUCUGCCAAGAUGAGGAUGUGAGAGAGACAGGGUCGUGCUAGGGAGUAAUUGGAACAGUACUUAGCUUUUACUCUGUCGUGGUUGAGAGCUAUGAUUUUAAAAUACCCAUUGUGAUUGAUAUACAUACGGACUUCUGACUCCAGUCUAGUUUAUCUAUGGCGUCUAAGCCAAAGCUGUGCUAAAGCAGAUUAUUGGCAAGUCUUAUAGGACUAGUCUGCCAGACAUACCUCUGAGAAUUUUCUUGUUCUCUGGUGUUGAUUCGUCAGGUUUUUUAAUUUCUGCUGCCCUACCUGUAAUAGAGCAUUUCUCUUAUGUAUCGAUUUCUACAGACACAGCAGGCACUGCAACUCUCCAGCGGUUUGACUUGACUCUCAAAGGCACACUCUUUCAUUGUCUCUUAAGACAGACAAGUGCCAACAACAGGUGGCUACAACAGCCGGGUAAAUAAGCCCCCGCAUUUACUAGCCUUCCAAAAUAAUUACUAGCCUGCUGAGGGCUGGCAGAGGAGGGAAUAGCAGCUUGCUUGGUUUCUAUAUUGGCCUCAGGGGAGGGACUGUGUGUUCCAUCCCUCUGUCACCAGCCUGCUCACUCGUGUGUGUGAUGUUCCAUCUGCCUGCAGCUCUUGGUUCCUGUGGUCAUCAGGCUAGUGCUUAAAUACAAGUCUAUAAGUUCCUUAUAGACACCCCCUGAUAAGCUUCUUCCCCAUGGGACUCGGGAAGAAGUUCCCCUUCCCCCAAGUUUGCAAUUCUAAUUACAUAAUUCUGUAAUGGCAUUAUGCUUGAGACAUUUCCCUCCCCCCUCCAUUAGCAGCAGAGGGUAUGUUUGCUCGAGAGGCAGCAAAAUGGAAAAUCGUUUCUUGAAUUGUGUUUACCAUAUGAUGAUAUAUAUUAUUUUUGCUGAGACAGCAAACCUAUCUGGGCUGUACCAUUGCAAACUUCAGACGAGGGCUUGCAUUUUGGAAUUUUUCUGAUAGGCCAGCAUGGGUACUUAUACUUCUUGUAGAAUCUGAAUACUUCUCUAUUUGAAAAAAUAAAAUAAAAUCCCUGCAUGUAGAUCAAGUGGUGGACAACAUGGUGGUCCCAGGCAUUGUUGGGCUGCAACUUCCAUAGUCUCUGACCAUUUGCCAUGGUUCCUGGGGUGGACGAGGUUAUACAUUUCCCAUAUUUGGCAUAAGGCACCCAGAUGACAGAUGAGAUUCAAUUAAAACAUUCGUAGUUUACAGCCUAGUUCUUUGCCUACUCCACUGUUAAGAGUUUCAGACUCAGGGCCAAACCUGGCAUUUGGUAUACUGUUGGGUGCUGACUUUUUUUCUGUAUUUAUUUUUGGUUUCCUAACUGAUUCCCAUCUGUUCUUAUAAGGCAACGUCCAGCAGCAAGAGAUGUCCUAACCCUCAGGCAGCUUUUUCCAUUCUUUUUGGAUGGAUCAGUGCACUCUUUGAGCACGCUGUGGUUAUGACUACUUAAUACGUGACUCACUCGAGCCGCCAGUGAAAGUGAGCCCUAAAGCACAAAAUACACAGGAGGGUUGGUCAAGUUCACCUGCUCUCCCCAGAACUUGACACACAGCCCAGGUUUUGAUGUUCCUUCUGCAUAAAUGGAACAAGCAUAAGCCGGCCACACCUGUGUUGUCAGCCUGUUUUUAACUGGACAUAAACUACAGGAACUUCACAUAUCUUUGCCAUCCAAGAGCUCGGAAAAGCUGCCAAAUUGGCAUCUUGGUUGCAUCUGUGGAGGUAAUGAGUUGCUGAGGAAAGACACUCACUUUUCACUUCAUUCCUCAGAUUCCCUGCUUUUUCCCCCCAAUGAUGCUGGCUGGCCAAGUCACACAUGCUGAAAACCACAUGGGAUAUUGGCUUAGAAUGGAGUGAUGAACCUUUCUCUCUUGUCAAGGGCCAUAUUCCCAUAAUCUGCAGGAGGGUUGCAUGCCAGUGGUCUGUGGGGCUGAAGUAAAAAUGGGGCAGUGAGAGCCAAAAGUAAGUGGGGCACCCCUUCUCUCCCAUCUUUCUCCAAUUUCUCUGCUUUCCCCCUUUUCCCUUCUUGUUACCAACAUGGAAUUAAGAUGAGGGAUACAGGCAUAGAAUAACACAAACCUUUCGGUUUAGGACACUGAAUUUAGGCCAGCUCCUGUGUCCUCUUAAAGUAGGAGGUGGGGGUCCUUUUGAGGAAUUCUAAGUCCAUAGUGAGCAAUUACCAAGUCGUUAACAACCGCUUUAUCUGAUAUUUUUAAAAUUUAUUUAUUUAUUUAGCUGCAGGUCACAUUUUCAGCUAAACAGUUGGGUAUGCUCAGACAUUGCUUUUCUCCUAUGGGUGUUCCCUGUUGGGAGGUGCCCCACUUUCCCCCCAAGUUCAGAUACAGAACACUGGUACCAUCAGUUCUCUAUGAUUCUUAGAUUAGAUUAAAUUGAGACCCAGGAUCUUUGCAAAAACAGGGCUCUAGAAAGAUUUCUCACCUUUAAGAUUCUUAAAACAUAUUGACUCUGAAUGCUGGCAAACUUCAUGAACUGUGUGUGUGCAUGCAAAUAAGCUUUUUCUGCCAGGCUGCUACAUUUUGCCACCCAUGACUAUGUGUGUGUAUGUUUUAAACUGUGUGUUCCUUUUUCUACCCUGGUAAUUAUAGGUGGUGCAUCUACCGUAUUUGCUUUGUGUAAUUCACAAAGCUGUCAUAGAGAUGGCAUUGGAUGUGGAAAAAUAUAGCCCUUCUCUUCUUGGUAACCCUGGGGCCUUGCCCUGUGCAAGUAGACACCAACUGGAAAAUUUGUGUAGCUUGGCGCCUACUAACACACACCACUGGAUGUAAAAUGGCAUUUCAGCAGCUAUCCAAGGCAAGAUGAAUGAUGUGGGUUAGAUCUGUAGAAGGUUGAUGGUGUGCAUGUUUUUGCCUUGCUAUGGAGCAAAUGGAUGGGAGCCAUCCUUUUGAUCCCUGCCAGCUUCUGUUAAAUUACCUCACUUGAAUACUAUGGGCCUGUUAGGCUGCUGCUAUGCCCUGGGAUAGAAACAGUCCAGCCCACACUGCUAAGACCUGAGUGUUGAUCCUGUGGCCUUUUAGUGGGGUUUUCACACCUUAUGCAGCAGCAAUCUAAGCCUGCUAUGAAGUCUACACUAAACGGGGAACCACAACCAACCUCAACUCCCUAAGAAGAAUGCCUGCAUGAUCUCUGUAUUUGUGUUUCACAUGUUUGUAUUCAUGCGUCACAUGCUUAGGUGUGUAAGCAUGUUAGGUCUGCAUCUGUGGACAUAAUGGGUGAAGAGACCCUCUAUUCUUGAGUUGGAGUUGGGGGGGGAAGCAGCACUCUGCAGUUUUGCUACAGUUGUUGGCAUUUGUCUUUCUCAAGAGAGAACGGGGUGCUCCUCUGGCGGUGAAGUCAAACUGCUAGAGAACCACAGUGCCUUCCACGGCUGCAGAGACCGGGAACUUUUAACUGCUGCCUCCCAUUUUGUUUUUGCUGAAGUCCCCAGUGGAAGCCCCAAUAUCUUUCUCAUGAGUUUGUUUUGUUGGGCUCCUAGUUCUGAUUUGAUACCACUUCCCCAUAUCUCGGCCCCAUAAAGCAUUUGUGCAAUGAUCUUUUACACGUAGAUCUUGAUGGCUGGGUUGAUUAACUGCCUCCCCUUCGAGUGGAAGAACCUGUAGAGCUGUCCAGUAGAGCGGGCAGAUAAUAGCUUGAUUGCAUCCAGAUGGGGUUUCCAUGAUACAGUUUUGUAGCUAGCUGUUCGGUGUGCAUGCCCUGUGCCUGGGGGUGGGGCAAGCUGAGGCAGGGUGUGCUGCAUGAAGCCUCCAAGAAGUCUGCCCACCACUUCCCCCUCGGCUGUAGGGUGGCUGAGGGGGAGGCAGCGGGCAGAUGCAAGCCCCACGCUGCCAUUUCCCCACGCUGCAGGCCCCAUGGUAAGUGCCGCCCCCCCCCCCCGGUGUGGCGCCCAAUGAGCCCCUCCCCGGCUAUGCCUCUGCCAUGAAAGCUUUUCAUUAAUAAGUAAUCCUAGGUAUUUAAAUCCAUGUAUUUGCUUGAGUGUAUGACCAUCUAAUGUCCACUUGGACUGAGUCAGCAUUGACUGCCUCAAGACAAAAACAUGCAAGGUCCUGCUGGCUGAAAGGCACAGGCAGGGAAACCAAUACCUUGGAAACCUGGCAGGCACCUCUGCCUUCCCUUGUAUUUCUCUGGCUUGCUGCCUCCAGAAUUCAAGAGCUUUAGGGGUCCAAAUAUUCCCGGCAGGAGUUAGUGGAUGGAAAUCACUGAAGCUCCACGCAGAAGGAUGUUUUGAAUGCUGUUAAUGCGGCUGUGCCUCUGCCCCCUUUUCCCUCUGUCAGGAAGAGGAUUGCACCCACCUACUUUUUAAUGUUGCACCCCUGCUGUUAAGAGGCAUCCUAAGAUUGAGGCAGCGCAUGUAAACGAUUGCAUCACACAAAGACUGAAAGCUCUACAAUACAAGCAAGGGUUUCUUAUGGCACCUGACAGGCUAGCAGAUUUAUUUAUGGAAGGAGCUUUGUAGACUACAUCCCACUUCAACAAAUGCCUGAAUUGUUAUGCUUGGGUGAGCAGAUAAAUCUGCAGACCCACAAGUUCAUUGUAAACGGUUGUAAACGGUGGGGUCAAAAGGCCGUGCACUCGAUUCCUGGAGAUGACAUGGCUCUUGGAUUUUCUUUGUUUUAAACUCCCUUCCCCUAGUUCCCCAGACACUACAUAAGAUUCUCUUGCGGCAUUCCUGUGUCUGGCAAAGUGGAAAAACAAGAGGAGGACAUUCGAUGAGCUAAGUUUAGCUUCAGCCUUGCUCCGUGGACCUCUGCUGGCACUAAACCGUAGUGUGUUCUUUGCUUUAUGCUCUCUGUUGCUAUAAAAAGCAUUUUGUCAGCAACUGAGGGGGCGCAAGUGUAACUUGAUACACUGAAGUGAUUUGGGGAUAUGUACAGAGAGUCUCUCUGGGGAGGACACAAGGUCUGUGUGCAGGUAGGAUGUCUUCAGAGGGUGCUGUCUUUAUCCUAGAGUGGUUGAUCAGUGAAGACUGACUGGUCACUCACUACUUACGUUCUUCAGUCAUUUCUCCUGAAAGAGUAAUGUUGCCUUUAGCCCAGAUCAGCAGCAUGAGUGGGGAAAAUGACUCUCACACUUGUGAUGGUGCUAAUGUUGCUCACAUUGUGUCACUUUUACCAUCGUUGUAUAUGUUGUGAUGCAGAAUAAUAUACAAAAGAGACAGGUCAUUUUUCUCAAAAAUGCAUUGACAUCUGCCCAAAGUGGUACUUCAGACCAUAAUGAAUAAAGAAGCCACCCAUUAAAAAACGUGGGAGGUGUUCAACACCAGUCCUGCUCAGAGUAGACCCACUGAAAUUAAUGAACCUAAGUUAUGCCCAUUAAUUUCAAUAGGUCUGCUUUGAGCAGGACCAGUGUUGAAUACCACCACUUGAGUUAAUGGCCCUUCACAACCUUUAUUUGCAUCUGUUUUUGAGACUAGAUUUACCGUGGUCAUUCAGACUACUCUUAAUUCUUUUAUCAACAUGAUAGCAGCCACCAUACGGUAACCGUGGAGCGUGCACAGGGCUGCCUCUGGGCUUCUGGUUAGGUCCAUGGAAGUGCUAUUUGUGUUGAUUGUUUCUCUGUGCCAGCCUUUCUCAAGGUAGUGCCCUCCAGCUGUGCUGGCUGGGGCUGAUGGGAGUUGUAGUCCAAAACACUGGGAGGUCAUCAUGUCUGCUGUAUGCAGAGUGUCCAUAAGGCAACAGGUUUCUGUGAUGAUGGUGACCCUGUUUUGAUCCACCACUGUGUAAAUUGCAGCAUGGAAUGGUGGUAUUUCACACAAAUAGGGCUUCCUUCUGAGUCAGCCUGUCUGUUCCCCCUACGCCUUGGGUAGAGAUUUUAUGGUGCCUGUCAUCCUGUGUGAAUGUGCCCUUAUCGUGUAAGUAAGCCCCAGGGGGAGAUGCCUGCUUAUUGCUUCAACUCCUAAAUAAUGUCACUUGACAUAGUGUUGGCAAAUGCGCAACAAGCAAAACACUCCAGAGAGAACUGACACAUUGGAAUGGCAAGAAGCAUAAUUUGUGAAGAUUUGCCUUGGCUUACUCACUGCCAGGGGGUGAGAAAACAAGAAUAUGAAGUUGAAUUUGAGUUAAAGCCAUAUCUCCAUUCCAGCAAAAAUGCAUUUUAUUUUUAAAAAUCAUAUUAGCUUGUAGGAGCUGUGCCACUUACAGAUUCUGUGUUCUGAUAGAAGCAUACUUUCUACCUAUCUUCCUUUUUAUCUUGAGAUUGGAUGUGUUGCCUGGUGUGGAUCUCAGCUAUGGUAGCAAAGACAAGGCCUGCUAAUGGAGGUAGAUGGUCCCAUUUAUGGUGUUGUAAUAUGAUAAGUGUGACAUCCAGAUUUCAGCAUUUUACUUAUUUAAAUAAGUCUUUUAAGUCCAAACCAUCACACUUGGGGAGGAAACCUCCAUUCUCAUUUGGGCAAAUUGUGCAUGAAACUCCUCCUGGUAAGAAGAUUGUGACCCUUUAUAUCGGAUACAACCCUCUCUGCAAAACCUAAGGGUAGGCAACCAGUUUCAUGAGGUUUGACAAUUGGAGCAGAAUGCAGUGGCCAGGGUGCUGGCUGGGAACAUAUUACACCACAUCUUACAGACCAACACUGGUUGCCGGUGUGUCCCAAAUAUCUCAAGGGCCCCAAAUUUGGGCCCCAAAUAUCUCAAGGACUUCUGCCUCGCACAUAGUUUUGCCUGAGUGUUGACAGGGGAGGCCCUGCUGCCAAGUUCAGGAGAGGAUCUUUUCUGUGGUGGCUUUCAGAUGGUAGAAUGCCUAGGUGCAGCUGGCAUUGUCACUGUUCAAAGUUGGGUGAAGAUUUACCUUUUUUGCACAGGCUUUUAGGGAUGAAAUGUAUUACAUGGCUAUUGUACUCAGCAGUAUAUAACCUACCUUGGGACCAUAUGGUGAAGGGUGGCCUAUAAUUUCCUUUGAAUAUGUAAUCCUGCUACUAUCUAUGAAGGGCAUUAAAUCAUUCUCUCCCCUGAUUAUUGCAAGUUCUACUCUCAGUUUCUGAUUUCUGAGACUUACAUUCACUUUCAGUUGUAUCUUUGCAGCCUUCAGGACUUUGGAACAUAAGACCCUGCCAGCUCAGGCCAGUGGUCCCUCUAAUCCAGCAUCCUCUUCCCGCAGUGGCCAACCAGAUGCCUGUGGGAAGCCCUCUAGGAGGACCCAAAUGCAAGAGCUCUUUCCUCUCUUGCAGUUUUUAGCACCUGGUAUUCAGAAGCAUUACUGCCUCCUGAUUGUGGAGGUAGAACAUAGCCAAUCAUGGCUAGUAGCCAUUGACCUUUAUCUCUGUGAAUUUGCCUAAUCCUCUUCUUAAGCUGUUGCAAGUUGGUGGACAUCGCUGUCUCUUGUGGGAGGAAAUUCCAUAGUUUAACUGCAGUUCUUACAUUUUAAAAAUAUAAGUACAAAUAAUUCUCUUGGGUCAUGAUGUACAGGUACAUGGUAUAUUCAUACCCCUGCCCAUUGUGAGUAGCCGCCUUUGUAGUUGGGUCACUAGGCCAUGGCGUAUUAGUUUUGGCAACAUACCUGAAGAGUUCUCUCUUCAGUAGUUCUCUUCUUAUGUGUAUUCUUUGUCCUUCUCCAGGUGCUGUAGCUUGUGUUGAAUGAGUGUUAAAUCAGUGGUGUGCCAACAUUCCCGUCUUAUUAAAUCUGAGCACUACUGCGUUCCUGGGGCAUUGUGCUUGUUGGUUUCACAUUACAAUUAUGAGAUUUAUUUAUUUUUAAUCUCUGCUUUAAGGCCUACUAGUCUUCUCCGUUCCAUAGAAAACUGAAAGGGCAUAGGGAUGUAUCAUGUCUUGUGAUACACUGGGAAUUAACUGGGUCUUAAACACUUGGAAACAAAUAAAAUUAAUUGUUUAUCAGCUUUCUUAGCAUAAACGAUCCCUUUUUUUUGCUGGGGGAGGGGUGGUGCUUAAAGAAUACUACAUGUUUUGAAUGUUUUCGUGGGCUUGGAGUUCAGAGUGGGAAUGGGAUUGCUUUAAGGACUUGCGCCACAACCCCAGAGUCAUCUGCAACUGGACUUAACUGUCAGGGGUCCUUUACCUUUACCUUUUUAUCGUGUAACUAUUAUUGCACAUUGUUUUAUUUCAGAGCCAUUUUGCAGGGUAGACCUCAGUGGCAAACUUGCCCACAUCAGAGCCAUUUGGGGCCUUGGAUAGGACAAAGCCGACCCCAUGGGCUCUGUCCUCCAGCAUUUCCUUUAUAGAUUCUGAUGAUUCUUAACCAGAUGUUCCCUUGAUAGGGAAAUUAACUAUGAGUUCACUUAUAGAUCCUUCUAGGAAAACUGUUCAAUUUUCACUCCUAAGCUGAAUUUGCAUGAUAAAAUCUUGGCUUAUUAAAACAGAAUAUGAGCAAGCUUUCUUCUGUACUCGGUUCAUUUGCCCCUGCUUUGUUUCUCUCUUCAUGUGAGUGGAGAAACAAGCCAGGAAGCCAAAGUUAAUUAUACCCUCCCAUUGUAUGGAAAUUAGGUUUAUGUUUUGGGGCUCUAUAACAAAUAAUUAUAAUGAUGAUGAUGAUGAUGAUGAUGAUGAUGAUGAUGAUGAUAUUUAUACCCUGCCCACCUGGCUGGAUUUCCCCAGCCACUCUGGGUGGCUUCUGGCACAUAUAAAAACAUCAUAAAACCUCACAGAUUAAAAACUUCCUGAUACUGGGGAGCCUCCAUGGAUACAAAAGGCUUCUUGAUUCAGACAGACUCCUUCCAUGAGUUGGAGGGCAACAGAAAUAGCAACAAGGGACAGUGGAGCUUGGGCACUUGACCCCCAAGACCCCUUUUGCUUUUCACCCUUGUUACAUAGAAAGUGUUAAACUUUUCCACCCUUUCAGAGUAAUUGAGAGGGUGGGGGAAUGCUGUUUGACUGAGCACAGAGGAUUAUAGCUAACCCUUUAUGGUUUUGAAGAUAGGCUUGAAAAGUUGUAUGGAUAAUGGAUCGUGAAACCCAGGAUGGGGCAGCACAUUGAGCAGAAUUUCUAACCAUCAGGAAUGGGGCCUCGGUGGUUGUUCAGUUCCAUGAAGCUCUCUGCAUCGGACAGAGUUAAGCAGAUCUAUGUGAACUGGCAUAAGUUGCACCACUUUUUACAUGCCAGUGGCAUGUGUUUGUGUGGAUUCACUGACCUGUCUUUUGCUUUUCUAGGUUAAUGAUGUAUGUGGAUUAA